AUGACUCAAGCUUUGGCUGUACUGUGUGUGUUUCUUUUGCCCACAGAGUCCUGCAGAACAUUAUGCCAGGCUGCCAGAGAAAACAAGGAGAAUGUAUCUGCCAGGACACAGGGCUGAUGUGAUGGUGUCUGCAAUAGGCACAAUUCCCAAUGCAGCCAACCCUGCCCUCCGGACAACCAGGGAAACAUGGGACUUUUAUGCAGGAAAAGUAAAUGGCACAAGGUCACUGAUACCUGCCAAACCCUUAAUGCUUUCAACAUCUUUGAGAUCAUAUCCUUUCAUAUUCAAGUACUUGGAGAAAAUAUAAAAAUAACCCACUAUGCCGGAAAAUCUGAGACCAUCACAGAGAGAUUAAUGCAAACAUGUCCAAAGGAUUUGUCUUGUAUAAUUAAAGGCAUUCAGCAGUCUCCCUGGCUACCAGGAAACAUUGCUAUGAUUGUGCAGCUCUUACACAACAUAUCAACAGAGCUAAAGGCAGAUGUUAGUGAGGCAAAGAUGCAGAGUUACAGCAUCAUUGCCAACCACAUUCUUAACAGCAAAAGCAUCUCAAACUGGUCCUUCAUCCCUGAGAAAAACAGCAGCUGUGUCCUGCUAUGCUCAGUCAAUUCCUUUGCAAGAAAGCUAUCUAUAAAUAAACAUCCCAUUGACAUAUCAGAUGCCUUCAUUCACAUCAAGGGCACCACCCUAUCCAGAGACAACACUGAAAAGAAUUUCACUUUUUCAAUGAGAGUUAAUGACACUGACCAUAAAGUCACCGGGCAGGUGUUCAUUGCUAGAGACGAGCUUCGGAAUGUGCCUUCCUCUUCCCCAGUCCUCAGCAUUGCAUUUCCAACCCUUGGGGCCAUCUUGGAAGCCAGCCUUUUUGAAGACAUUGCUGUGAAUGGGCUUGUCCUGUCUGUCAUCUUGCCCAAGGAACUUAAAAACAACUCAUUGACUUUUGAAAAGAUCAGCAAGUCGGAGGAGAAGAGGACACAUUGUGUUGGCUGGCACUCCUUGGAGAGCAGAUGGGACCAGAAGGCCUGUCAAAUGAUUCAAGAAAACUCUGAGCAAGCUGUUUGCAAAUGUGAGCCAAACAGGUUCUAUACCUCCUUCUCAAUUCUUAUGUCACCGCAUGCUUUGGGGAGCCCGAUCCUGACUUACGUCACAUACAUAGGCCUGGGCAUUUCGAUUUGCAGCUUGAUCCGUCGCUUGUCCAUUGAGGCCUUGGUCUGGAGUCAAGUGACAAAGACAGAGGUCUCAUAUUUGCGCCAGCUGUGCAUUGUAAACAUUGCGGCCACUCUGCUGAUGACUGACGUGUGGUUCAUCGUGGGUUCCUUUUUUGUUGGUCCAAUAACAUGCCAUAAUGGAUGUGUGGGGGCAACAUUUUUUGUUCAUUUCUUACACCUUUCUGUGUUUUUCUGGAUGCUUGCCAAGGCACUCCUUAUCCUCUGUGGAGUCCUGAUUGUUUUCCAUACGCUGCCCAAGUCAGUCCUGGUGGCAUCACUCUUUUUCAUGGGCUAUGGGGGCCCUUUGGCCAUUGCUGUCAUUACAGUUGCUGCCACUGAACCUGGCCAAGGCUACUUGCGUUCAGAGGUGUGCUGGCUCGACUGGGACGAGACCAAGGCCCUCCUGGCCUUUGUGGUCUCAGCCCUGAUCAUAGUGGUGGUGAACCUGAUCACAGUCACACUGGGGAUUGUUCAGACCCAGAGAGCCGCCACUGGCAGUUCCAUUUUCCAGGAAGUGAGAUCCAUUGUGAGGAUCAGCAAGAACAUCGCCAUCCUCACACCACUGCUGGGACUGACCUGGGGAUUUGGAAUAGCCACAGUCAUCGAUGAUAGCUCCCUGGUCUUCCACAGUAUCUUCUCCUUGCUCAACACUUUCCAGGGUUUCUUCAUCUUGGUGUUUGGAACAAUCCUGGAUCCAAAGGUUGUAUGUUCCCGGCGUGGUGUAGCCCCGAGGAGAAAUGUGCAUAGUCCUGUCCUCUUGCCUGUGGAGAGUAUGAAGGGAGCCUUACACCCGGUGGUGCUGGUGGAGGAGGGUGUAGAGCAUGGAAUAUGGAAGAGUCCUCUUUCGAAGCUCUUCCAUGCUGCCAAACAUUUGCCCCUGCCCUGA